AUGCGUUCGAUGCAGCAGCAGCAGCGGUAUUGGUAUUGUUUGCUCGUGACUCUGACGCUCGUCUCGGCGCCGUCCCGGGCGUUCACCACGCUCGAAUUGAAGUGUCAAGUGUGCACGCGGCUCGUGGAACACGUACGGGGCAACAUAUCGGCCGUCAGUCCGGCGCGGCUCGUCCAGGUGGCGAAUUUCCGGCUGGACGGUGCCGGCGACCGGCCCAAGAAGAUGGUGCCGAUGGCCAGCUCGCAGGUGUACCUGUCCGAGCUGUUGGACACCGUGUGCACGAAGAUCGACGAUUACGUGCGGGCCACGCACAAGAGCAACGGCACGCUGAUCGUGAUGCCGCUGCUGUUGAACGGCGCCAUGAACCCGCUCAUGAGCGAGGUGGACGUCGUGGCGGACUCGGACCUGAACAAGAGCCUGAAAUACUAUUGCGACGACAUCGUCGACGACAUCGCGGACGACAUCAUUGCGUUCCAGCAAUCCGGCGGCAACCCGGACCGGAUGGUCUACGCCAUGUGCACCCAGGCGGCACAAUUGUGUCCGGCCGACAACGAUCAUAACAGGCCGGAACUCUAA